UGCUAGUCUUGCAUGCAUUUUGUCUUGUGGACCCAACUCUCUGUGCACCAGCUUCUAACCCUUCCCAGUAUGUCAUUACUUUGCAGCCAUAUCUGAAGACUCAGGUUGACAAUAGCAUGGUCGCACAGCUACUUGAGAGUAUAACAUUUAUAAUUGAUGAUGUGUUGCCAUUGCUGCGUAAGUUACCUCUCAGUAUUGUGGAUGAACUUGAACAAGAUUUGAAGCAGAUGAUUCUUCGACGCUCUUUCUUGACAGUUGUCCAUGCUUGUAUCAAAUGCCUUCGCAGUAUGAGUAAGAUUGCUGGAAAGGGGGCAGAUGUAAUUGAGCAUCUUAUCCAGGUCUUCUUCAAAUGUUUGGAUACCCAGGCAAUUGUAAACAAACAGCAAGUUGGGCGAUCUCUCUUCUGUAUCGGCUUACUUAUUCGUUAUGGCAACUGUUGGCUAGCAAGCUCUGGUAAUAAACUUGUUGAUGUCAGAAGGAGCCUCAGCUUGUUUAUGAAGUAUCUUGCCGUGGACGAUUAUUCUCUUAAGGUUAGAUCAUUGCAGGCACUAGGAUAUGUUCUAAUUGCAAGGCCUGAAUUUAUGUUAGAACAUGACAUUGGAAAGAUACUGGAGGAAACACUGUCUUUUCACGCUGAUGCUCGGCUUAAGAUUCAAGCAUUGCAAAACAUGUUCGAGUAUCUUCUUGACGCUGAAAGCAAAAUGGAAGCAGAAGCUGAUGAUAAUAAUUCUAGUGACAGGAUAUGGAAUGGAUUCAUGCAUUUCCAUGGCUUGGAUUUGCUGCAGGUUGCAUUAUGGUUUUUUUAA